AUGUCGAACCUCUACGCGUCGUUGAGAGUGUCUCCUCGGAAGAAACGAGCACAUAUAGAGCUCGACGACGACGUCCUUACACCGAAGAAGUUACGGAUUGCUCCCCCCACCCCUCCGUCCACUGUAACGCGUCAGAAAUUUAAGGCAGAUGGACCAGGCUUGCCUUCUUCGCUCUCGCGCCUCUAUAACAUUCACACUGCUUUACAGCAAGCGCUCUCGCAUGCCUUAGCGUCUUGUGCUGUUGCCCCGUCCGAGGACACUGGUGUCAUCCGCAACGUCUUGAACCACAUCUCGCUGACCACUUACUCUGGCUUCAAUACCAAAUUUGAUACGGAUGAUAUAAAAAGACUCUGCUGGUUAUGGGAAUGGGAUGGAAAAGACGUUCCAACUAUGAAGGCUGCUGACAAGGGAGAUACGAAGUCUGACGGAAACGACUUCUCCAAGAACACUGAUACUCUCGCCUCGUCGUCCAAAGCGACGACGCUUAGGGAAAAGUCAUUGAUGAAUGAGGACGACAACCCGUUCUUGGACUGGACCCCCAAGGCGUUCACGAAGAACCCGACAUUUGCUACGGAUGACGAUGAGAAUCCGUUCUUAGACAAUCGCAUAUCUCCCCGCAAGUCCUCCCCCAAGGCAAUGAUCGCUUUGUCGGAAGAUGAUGACAAUCCAUUCCUCGAGAAUCGGCCUGAAAAGUCUUCAUCAAAAGACUGGACGCGAGGAGGGGCGGGCUUUGUGAUUAGCCAGACGAGCCAUUACUCUAAGGCGGUCGCAGCUAGAGUCCCCGUGUAUGGCAUCGGCAUUGAGGUGGAGAUGGACAUCGACAAAGGCAUGGGUGGAGGUAUGGCUGCUGUCGCUAGGUGGACUGCUGCAAGCGAAACACGACGAAAGGAAAUUCUCCGGAAGCUUGAGUGCUGGUACAAGCUGCAUUCCGAUGAGGGUUCCGUCCCGAACAUUCCAUUGGCUGAUUUGCCCUCCCUCCCAGCUACCACCCGACCGUCUACCUUGACACGCCUACUUGCCUCAUCCUCUCCCAAGUCUCCGUCAUCAGCUUCUAUUCUUGCUUCACCAUCCUCCCCCACCCGUUCUCCUUCUAAGACCCCUUUCAGGUCUCCCACUAAGAAACAUCAUGAAUUUGCUGUUCCCUUCCCUAUCACACCGUCAAGCAAAACAGGAACGCCAUCAAAGAAUUCGGUAUUUUUCCCGCAGACACCGUCACGUCGCGAGCGUGCAGAUUCUCUUCUCAGCCUGUUGACGCCAUCAAGCUCCCACUCACCGUCCCGAUCCAGUCUCCUCGCGACGCCGACCAGCUCUAGGACAUCUUCGUUGUCUGGAAGGAGCACGCCGACGCCGGGUAACGCUCCGUCUGUGCCCUCAACACCUACUCACCAACGUGGAGGGGAUGCUGCAACAGCUCCACAGACUCCAACGAGUUCGCGCCGGCAAGCAUUAUACGAACGGAUUCGCCAACGCUCGCUCACUGCAUCUCCCACAAAGGGCAGGGCAACUGGCGAUGCGGCGAGUGGGAAGAUGACGAAGGACCAAUUGCUCAAACUAAGCCAAGAAGAAACGCGCAGGAGAUGCAUCUUGGGCAGACUGGGGGGCGUAGCGGAGAGUGUGUGGAUGUUGUUUUCCAACUCAAGUAGCUCGGCCUCAGGUUCGACUUCACGCAAGCGGCGUGCGUUGCCCACACCCGAAAUUGUGGCCGCGGUGCUAAAGUCCUCGCCUGUGCCGAUAUCUGCCGCUGAGGCACAAGAAUCAUUAAAUCUUCUUGCUAAACUAUGCCCAUUUUUUCUGCGUCCGCUGAAUAUCGCCGGCUCGGAAUGGCUAGAAAUGCCGGCUCCUAGCUCGAUCGCGGAGACUGGGGGACUUGGCGGGAGUCCGACCAAGACACCUAAUAGUCCAGGACGGCUCAAGGGCAAAGAUCAGAGUGCAGAGGAGCUGAGAACAAGGAGCCCGAGACGUGUUCAGCGAGACGGAGGGGGUUUGAGGGAGGUCAGAGAGAGGAUACGGAGAGAGCUGGAGCUGACCGAUUGA